UGCAGUGAUGCCAUGUAGAGGACUCUGUAUUGUACAUUACUUAGUAUGCAUACUUCCUUCUUGAAUAAUUUCAUGCAGAUAUGCUCUGCAAAGCGCCCUCUUCGAUGCUCCAGACAUCCAGAUGUAUAGUCGAUUUGUUAUUCUUGCGCUGCUGUCGCCCACUUAGAUGAUUCUGAGCUCCCAUGAGUCAACAUCACCAUUGCAAUUCCGUUCUGAAACUGUACAUUAGGCCUACUCCGUUAGCACUAGAAGACAUUAUAGUAUUGCCCCUGCUUGCUAGCACGUUCUUCGGUUGGCACUGCCUGGUCGGGGGACGCCGCGUGCACUACAGCACCAUAAUAGCUCAACAUGGACGUUGCCCGUGCACUAAAAGUCAUGUUCUUUCUUCAGUCGUUGGCUGUACUCGUAUUGAUCUUUCAUUGGUCCCGCAAGUGCAAUUCAUGUGUGAUUCUUAAGACUGCAAUGAUAAACCAAGCUACGGGCAAUGUAUACAGCAAGGCAACUAGCGUCCCGUUUGCAAGUACUGAGCGUGGACAAUUGUCAAAUUGCACACUUCAAGACAUCCUACAGCGACCCGGUGUGGUAAUGUUGACAACAACCAACCUAGGCUUCCUAGACAUGACCAUGAACAUGUUGGCGAGUGUCCGUAAGGUGGGAAUCUGUGUCAAUUCAACUAUCAUCGCUGAGGAUGAGAAAGUAUACCAAUAUCUGCACAAAAAAGCUGAAGGGGACCCAACGGUGCAUGUAGUGAUGACCAACUCUGGUCUCAUGCAGACUGGCGAAGUGAAGCGCAAAAAUGCCCGAACCUAUUUUGACCUACUGAAGAAACGCCAGGGGUAUUUUUUGAGUCUGUUGGAAGUAGGCAUUGAGGUUCUUUUCACGGAUUCUGACACCUUUUGGUUCCGAGAUCCAUUUCCGUACUUCCAGGGAGACUUCGAUAUGUCUAUGAUGGACCCGAGAUCACCUUAUCCGACUCGCACAUCAAGGGCACAUUACUGCGCCGGUUUUAUUUACAUGAAGCCAACCAACGUGACACUCCUGUUUGUUAAAGAGUGGAUUCGGUCUCUGAAAGGGAAGAAUAUCAUGGAUCAGAUCGAGAUGAACAGACUCUUGCAAGCUGAUAAACCCGUGCAUGUCAACAUCCAACCACUCGACAUUAAACUUUUCCCACCAGGGCCUCCGUUUUACGAGUUCUUAGCGAAGAACGCCAGCUACUCUGCUGUUGUGAUGCACGCCGCCAGUAUCCAUGGACACGAUGAAAAAGUGCGAAAAUUCAAAAGCUCCAAUAUGUGGUUGGUCAAUGCAAGCAGUGACGAGUUGGUUGCCCGUGAGCAAUAUAAUAAUUAACUUUCUAAACUAAUUACAUUUUAAGCAGAUGGUAAACUUUCAGUGUAAAAAAUACUUUUUAGGCGCAUUUUUCAUAUUUCGUAAAACUACUUUUUAGGCGCAUUUUCAUAUUUCGUAAAACUACUUUUAAGACGCAUUUUAAUAAGUAUUUUUUGAUUCUUUAAGAUUUGUAAGGUCGUGUAAUAAGCAUGUUAGGUAUUCCAAAAUAGUCUGGUGCACAGCAAGAUUCGACUAUUUUUUUUCGGGAUAACAGCAGCAGUUAAAUGCACACAAGGCAAUGGGGGACGUGGUAACCAAAUGCAUUAUGUGCAAUUUUUCGUGCAAUCGAAGAGAUGGAACUUUCGUUCGCACAAAAAUUUCGAACACCUUAAACACGUCUAAAGGUUUUCUAAAAAAAUGUUAUACUUCAGAACACGAUGACCUCUUUAAUUUUGCUGGUACCCCGCUAUGCUUUUGCACGCAUAAGAUGCAAUGUUUAUCCCAAAAGAUAAUCAGGUAUUUCGGUCGUAGGCUUUAUGAAUGUUGUCGUUUGAGAGAAUUAUGAAUUAUAAAAUUUAGGUUUUCCCUACCA